AUGGUGCGAACAUCAAGUGUACUUUUGUGGCUCGGCUGCCUGUUCCUUUUGGGAAUUUACACUGAAGCAGCAAGGAUACGAAAGGCUGCCAGUCCUGAUGAUCAAAUUAUUUUUAAUCGCUUGGAGAAUGCCCUCGACACUUCGGUGGAUCCUCAAGAAGACUUCCACAAAUAUGCCAGUGGUGGUUAUGCCACUGGCGAGGAGGAUUACAGUCUGUUUGUGGCCACACAGCAGAAGAUAGUGCCGCAGUUCCUGGAAAUGUUGGAAAAACGGGAAAACAAUUCGUACCAAUCGGGCAGCCUGGAUGAUAAGGUGUCCCAGUUCUACAACUUCUGUCUUAACAACGGCAACGUUACCUUCUUGGAUGUGGUCCAGCCGGAUGUGAACCUGCCCUGGCCGUACAAUGUAACCGAGGGUCAGGAGUGGCCCAAGGAUCGGUUCCAGUGGCUCAGGACCCUCGCGAAACUACGUCGCUAUGGUAUGAAGAAUGCCUUUUUUCGGUUGGACCUCAAAUGGGAUGCGGAGAGUUCCCUCUACCGGGUGGUGAUCAAAAAGCAGCAGUUCGAAACCUCCAACGACUACAUUCAACUUGAUAAGAGUGAUCUGAUUGAUAUGGGAUUCGACUACGCUCGAGCGGAACCACUGGACUUUGAUAUAGACGAUCUUCAGGACGAUAUUAAGGCGCUGGUGAAGGAAACCGAAGAUCCUGUGCCUGUGUUUUUGAGCCUACAGGAGCUGGAAAGCAAACAUGGAGUCUCCCUCGGUUCGUACCUCGAGAUUGUGUUUGGUCACCCGUUUUCUUCCAGCUUCCAGGUUGAGGUGGAAGACCUGGACUAUCUGGUUAAGAUAUUCAAGCUGAUAAAUGACAAGGAUCAGGAGGUGGUGGCCACAUAUAUGAUGGAUCGAUUUAUUCUGUUUAUGCGGACAUCGGCUCGUCUGGAAGGUGGAUGGGAACUGAAGAGCGUGUGCAUCCAGAUUUUGAGAACCUCUAUGGAGUUUGCCAGCAAUCUCCUGUUUGAGGAAAAUAUUCUGGGCGAGGAGAAGCUGAAGGAGUUCCAAAGCCAAAUGGAUCGUAUAUUUGCAGCGGUUCGGAAGCAGUUUAAUCUUCGGCUGGACAGGAGCUCUGUGAAUGCUUCCUUCACAUCUUGGUUGCGGAAGAAUCUCACCUCACUCAGCAUAAAUAUUGGAAACAUGCCUAAGGACCAGGAUCAUGAAAGCUUUGUCACAGACUUCUACUCGGAUCUUCAAGUGACUAAAGACGACGAAUUUGGAACAUUUCAUGUGAAAGCCCUGCAGUUGAGGGAAAGGAACUUGCUGAAGCGAUUGGACAAUCCCGCAUCCCCGUACCCAUAUCCUGAAGAUCCUGAAAGCCCCUUAGAAGUGGGAAGUGUAGUGAAAGGAACCGUCAUCAUUGUGCCAUACAAUGUCCUCGUAGAACCAUUUUUUAUGGUCAACUCACAUGAUGUUUUUAAGAUGAGCACGCAAGGAUUUUUCCUAGCAAGCCUGGUAGAAAAGGCUCUGUUUCCUGAGGAUGUCAAAGGAUAUAAUUGUCGGAAAUACGACCAAUUCCUGGCUAUAUUUGAUGACCAAAAUCUGUUGAAAAACCGAUCCUCCUGCAACUACGAUGAUUACUUCAAAACUCUGAAGGAAUUGGUUUUCCUUAACCUAGUCCACGAAGCCUAUUUCUCCGAAGGAUCAGGAUUCAGUCAGGUGCAGCCCGCUUUCACCAAGAUGUCCUUGGAGCAGCUCUUCUUCCUGAACUUUGUCCAGACCAUAUUUAACAACAAUGUCUACUGGGAAAACGAUGGAGUUGCCUACAAUCCACUCCUUCAGCUGACAUCCUUUUCCAGGGCCUUCAAUGUUUCAUCAUCCGUUUAA